AUGGCGAUUGCAGCGGCGAUGGCCGACCCUGGUCCGUGGCAGCGGGCACCAGCACCACCUUCCUCGCCGGAUGCGACGGCGCGAGGGGGCGGGGCCGCGGCGGAAGCGCCUCCGCUUGCGGGUGCGCGGCGCUCCCGCCAACCUCCCGCCUCAGACCUCCGCCGCCCGCGGCCGUGGGAGCCCUGCCGCUGCCACCGCCCCCUCACGCCGCUCCGCCCCGCUGCUGCGCGCUCGCUCGCUCGCUCGCCCCGAAAUCGGGUGCGGUGGGAGGCGGUGGUGGGCGUCAUGGUGCACUUGCUGAACUCCAUCGUGGCCGUGUGCCAGAACAUGGGCAUCGGGAAGGACGGCAGCCUGCCCUGGCCGCCGCUGAGGAAUGAGUACAAAUACUUCCAGAGAAUGACUAGCACAUCCCAUGUGGAAGGUAAACAGAAUGCACUGAUAAUGGGUAAAAAGACCUGGUUCUCCAUUCCUGAGAAGAAUCGUCCUUUAAAAGACAGAAUUAAUAUAGUGCUCAGCAGGGAGCUCAAGGAAACCCCAAAAGGAGCACAUUAUCUUUCCAAAAGUCUGGAUGAUGCUUUAGCUCUUCUGGAUUCACCUGAGUUAAACAACAAAGUAGACAUGGUUUGGAUCGUCGGAGGCACUUCAGUUUACAAGGCAGCAAUGGAGAAGCAAAUUAAUCAUCGAUUAUUUGUGACAAGAAUUUUGCAGGAAUUUGAAAGUGACACAUUUUUCCCAGAAAUCGACUACAAAGACUACAAACUUCUCACAGAGUACCCAGGUGUCCCUGCUGAUAUCCAAGAAGAGAAUGGCAUCCAGUACAAAUUUGAAGUGUAUGAAAAAGCUGUCUUGGCACAAUAAAUGAGGCUUUCUGUACUUCUGUGUAAGGGCAGGCAUUUUAAAUCAUAAAGUCUUAUUGAGUGCAAAUAUAUAUUAAAUUAUUAAGAUAAUACCAUGCAUGAUAAUACAAUACCUCAGUAGUGAAUGAUUCCAAAAAACAUGCCCCACACCGUGAAUAUCCACCCUGCAGUGGAAAUACGAGGGUGGUCAGCAGUGUGAAAAAGCCUCUAAGGAACAGUGCAACUAAAAUUGCAUGAGAUCUUGCAUUGAUCUUUACAAUCCAUGGCAGCAUCCCUAACAAUUCCAUGAGUAAUGAAAGGCAUUAGACUGCAUCUGAACCUUUCUACCUAAACAAAGGUUUUGAGUAUCUCCUGAUUCAAAACAUCCAACACUCAGAAAAUGUCAAAACUCCUGAGUUUGAUGGGAUGGUAUAUACAUUUAAAAUGUACUGGUGUAGAGAAGGUAAGCAAGCAUAAGAAGAGAAUGGAGUCUGGAAGUCUCAGGCAGCGGUUGAGGGAUAUGUUGAUCCUUCAUGGAAGUCCUCUCUUCUCACCUUAGCUAUCCUGGGUAGAUAGCCUACUGGAAGCCUUUUGGCUGAAAACACUGACUUACAAAUUAAUCUGAUAAAGAAGUUUUAACAUUUCCAUUAAUUUCACACCCAUGUAAAGGCUUGCUGCUCUUGUAAAAAGUUGCUGUCAGUUUAAUCAUGGCCACUUUGCUUUAUAAGAACAUAAACGUUGCUUUCUUAACAGAAUCUGGGUUCUUAUGUCCCUUCCAAAUGUUACCAGUGUAGAUGUGAGUUGCUCAGUGUGAUGGUGAAUGUUCUGUGUGGCAUAAAAUAUGGAUUAUAAGCAAAUGGUUGAGUCCUGUUUCCUCUUCAGUUAAAUACAGCCAGUAUAGUAGUAUUUUCCAUGAAAGUAGUGAGCAAUAUACCGGUACUGUAGUAACACUGUGAUUCUAGAUGGCAUACAAUGCCAAGUGUUGACCAAAGUGUGCUAUUGCCAACGUUAUCACAACAUGAUCAGUAAUAUUAGUUUGUUGCUAUGUUCUGGCUGUGGGGAGUUUGUCAGACGGCAGAGGACUCUGUGUUCGAAGUGCCAUGGAGAGGAGCUGGGACAUGCCAUGCCCACCUAUGCUUCAUUCUGCUGCAGCACCCUCAGAGUGAAAGCCUACAGGGAGGGAUUCUGUGUUCUUAUGUCAGGGAGGGUGGCAUUGGCCAUCAGCAGGUUUUACAUGUUGUAACUGUACAGAGGAGCGUAACGGUGCCUGGUUUUCUAAGAAGAUUAAACCUUGAUUUUGCUUGCUUUUGAAAAACCAAACUUCUUCGAUAAGUGAAAAAGACUUGGAUAUCAGCUGUGAAGACCUCUUGAAUUUUCCGUGGCAAUUUACAACUUUUAACUGAUUAAAAAGAUAAUUUUUGCAGCAUCUGUUCUGGCUUGUCUCACUUUUAUCUGUGUUCCUUUUGCAUUCUCAAAAAUGUAAGUACUUUCCUGUUUUGAUAUUCUUUCUCCAUGUGCACUGACCUUACAUCAGUCAAUAAAGAUUCAAACAGCAAA